CGUAGCCCACUAAAUCCAUGGAAGAUUUGGAGUAUAGCUGAGGCGAGUCUCAAAAUCGCGCGCUUCCGCACCGUACUUCUCCAUAUACUCCUUUCCAGCGUUCGCAAAGUACUGUGCGUUGGGAGGCGUUUUAUCGACACCACGCGUAUCCGCCAUCAUCCGCAUAGAGAGGCCCAUGGGCGAUGGUCGGUCGUUCCAGGCAGACUUAAUAGAACCGGCUUGCAUCUGCUCGAAACCAAUGACCAUUGCGCAAUCCACGGCACCAUUUUUGAUCAGUGUUCGAGCGAGAUGUAGGCCUGUCGAACCCGUCGCGCAUGCAUUGUUGGUGUUGUAGAUGGGGAUCGAGCUCAUGCCGAAUUGAUAGAAGAUGCGUUGACCCGACGUGGUAUCUCCAUAGCAGUAACACGCAACACCUGUUUCGACAUCGUCGUAGUUGAUUUGGGCAUCGAGCAUGGCCUUGACGCCUGCCUCGUACCCCAUCUCCGGAUAUGCGCGCUGGGCCCGCGGCUUGAUGAACUUUGUGAGGCCUACGCCUAGGACAUAGGCUGGAAUAUCAUUUUUGGUGGCCAUGAUGGAAUAAUGCCUAGGAAAGUCAAUCGAAUGUUC